AUGCUCGAUUAUUUGGAGGAUAUGGCGCAGUUUACUGCCUAUGUUAUGCUGAAUCCCCUGGGCGGCGACUGGCGGGCUGAACUAGAGACAAUGAUAACCAACGUCAUUAAGAGAGAGACCCUAGAUAUACGUAAGGAUAUCUAUGCCCUGAAGGCAACUAGCCUGAUAGGCACCGAAUCCCUUGCCCGUGGCCGUACCGCUACGUACGCCGCAGCACUACGAUAUACCCCCGGCCCGGCCUAUUACCUUUCGGCCCACGGAUCAAACACUACCCCGGGAGUGUCUCUCUCUGAGCUAGCUAGGGAUCGGGAGAUCACUAUCCGGCUCGGGGAUACCGAAGGCGUUGCUCACUUCUGCUUAAUGAAGAGCUUAGAGAUUAAGGAGAGAGCUAAGAAGUAA